AUGCUGAACAAAAGCGACUACCCCAAUAUCGAGUACUUGACCGGUACGGUCACGGAUAUUGUUCCUGACCCAACAGACCCAUCGCGCCUAUCUAAAGUUGUGGUCCGAACGGACUUCGACGUUCAGGAACUGCAUACAACCCUCGUGGCAGAUUGUACUGGAACUACGCGUGCAGGUUUGAAGUGGCUGGCAAGGCAUGGAUAUGGCGCUCCGACUUCAUCAUCAAGUGACAAACUCCCUGAGUCGACAUCUCUGGAUAAGAUUAAGAUCUCUUUUGAUCAAAAACUCCGCUAUUCCUCGAUCAUAUUUACUCUAGACCAAGAGUUUCAUGACAAUCUGGGACUGCCCAAGGAAAUCAAACCUCUUCGGUCAAUUAUCAGCUUUCUUGAGGACGCCACUGAAAAUGUCAUGAGGCGUGGACGAGCUUUCAUGUGUCUCAUGCGGAUGGAUGCCAAUCUGCUUGUUGCCUUUGUUGGUCAUUACGGGAAUGGACGACCCCAACCACGAAAUGUUUCCGAAAUGAAAGAAUAUGUUCGUGACUUACAUGCAACCACGGCCCUCCCUAGAUGGGUCUUUGACCUUUUCGAUCGACUCCAAGAAGUCGAAGAAACAUCUGCGACCCGCUCAUUGGUCAAAGUCCCGCCGACAACAUAUGUUCGCUAUCAUCUAGCUGCCAAUUUACCCACAAACUUUGUCGCCCUCGGAGAUAGUGUUAUGACAGGUUAA